AUGAUCGACGGCUAUAGUCGGUCACGAUCAUCGAUAUUGUCACGGCCCAUCGGCGGUCUGCUCGCGGCUUGGACGUGCCGGUGCUCGCAACACCACACCCUCCUCCGCCGUACCCGUAUCCUGCUGUAUACACUCCCGGAGCUCCCCACAAUGAUCCGCCGCGCGCUUUGCUUCUCCCCGGAGCCUCCACAGUAUAGACGUCCGUCGGUCGUGCUCCGCUUCACGGGGCGUGCAGCGAAGAUCCCGCUCGAGCUCCUGGGCGGGAGACGAGAUGCGUGCGUCUAUCGUAUUUCUUGUGAACACUGGUCGAUGGACGAGACACGCUCUCGACGAUGCCCGCGCCGAGGAGCUGACCUGGUCGUCCAUACGCCUCACCGUUCCACUCCAAACCUGGUAAAGAAAUCGCACGGAGGGCGGCACGUACAUGACAGGAUCCCGCACUCACCGUCGCGGUGA